CUUCCCUUGAUGUUUUUUUUUCAUGAACUUGACAUGGUCACCAAGUAUACAAUAGCUCCAUUUCUAUGUGGUUGCUUCUCGUACACACGUUGCAUUUAUAACAUGUUCCUGCUCCCGUGCUUACCACUGCAGACAGCAAGCUUCCUGGCUGCGGCUUCAGAGUCUGUGGUUUUCCUAUUUCAGGGUCUGGAGGCAUCUGUGGUCCUGUUGCUUUCUGGUUCCCACAUCUGCCACGUGCCCCUCAUAAGUUACCUCUUUCUUCGAUCUCUUCCUUUCUAGCUACUCGCGGAAUCGCACCUUUGACACGUACAUUGGGCAGGGCUACGUGAUUCCUGGGAUGGAUGAAGGUUUACUCGGUGUUUGCAUCGGAGAGAGGAGAAGGAUUGUGGUCCCCCCGCACCUGGGCUAUGGAGAGGAAGGAAGAGGGAACAUCCCGGGCUCCGCUGUGCUGGUGUUUGAUAUCCAUGUGAUUGACUUCCACAACCCCUCGGACUCCAUCAGCAUCACCUCCCACUACAAGCCCCCUGACUGCUCUGUGCUGAGUAAGAAGGGCGAUUACCUCAAGUAUCACUACAACGCCUCCCUUCUGGAUGGGACCCUGCUGGACUCCACCUAUGACAGAGACUCCACUUUCAACGUGUUUGUGGGGAAAGGCCAGCUGAUUGCAGGGAUGGACCAAGCUCUGGUCGGGAUGUGUGUAAAUGAGAGGCGCUUCGUGACCAUCCCCCCAAAACUUGCCUACGGAAAUGAAGGAGUUUCUGGUGUGAUCCCCCCAGACUCGGUGCUUCAUUUUGAUGUACUUCUGAUGGACAUUUGGAAUUCCGAUGACCAGGUUCAGAUUCACACUUACUUCAAGCCCCUGAGUUGCCCUCGGACCAUCCAGGUGUCUGAUUUUGUCAGGUACCACUACAAUGGAACAUUCUUGGAUGGGACACUGUUUGAUUCCAGUCACAACCGCAUGAAGACCUAUGACACAUAUGUGGGAAUUGGCUGGCUGAUUCCCGGGAUGGAUAAAGGGCUGCUGGGGAUGUGCGUGGGGGAGAAGCGCAUCAUCACCAUCCCGCCUUUCCUGGCCUACGGAGAGGAGGGAGACGGGAAAGACAUUCCUGGCCAAGCAUCCCUGGUAUUUGAUGUUGCAUUGUUGGACCUCCAUAACCCCAAAGAUAGCAUUUCCAUUGAGAACAAGCUGGUACCUGAAAACUGUGAGCGGAGAAGUCAGAGCGGGGACUUCCUCAGGUAUCAUUAUAAUGGCACGCUUCUGGAUGGCACUCUCUUUGAUUCCAGGUAAGGCAAUGACUGAGUCUGUUCACUAGAACUAGCUCAUGGUGGACCAUGAGCUGAAUCUUCUAUCAGUGCCGGUUUACACUUUCAUCUCCAAUACAGGCUUCUGUUUUCUGAUUCCAAAUUUCUUCCUAGGCUGUAACAACGGUUCCCUCCAAUUAGAUAGGUCUGUAGGAAAGCAGAAGAGACUCACUCUAGAUUUCCACCAUACCUCCAUCCAAAUACAAACCCAAUUAAGGGGUCCAAGAUGGAGAGUUGUCAGAAGUGAGGUUAAAGAGGUACAGCGGACAAAGAGCCAAUCUGUUUCCCGGAGACCUGGGUCCCUGUGUGAGUUUGGACAGCAUAAGACUUCUCUGUGCUUCAACUUCUAGCAUCUUUCCAGAGAUGGUUAGAUUAAGGAGAUGAGGAAGUCAAUGUUAAGGGCUAGCCAGCAGGAGGGGACGGGUCAGAAGCGUUGAAUGCCUUUCUUGUGCUGUGGAUGCUCAUUACUGCACCCAAUUUGCUUUAUUUUGUUCAUCACAGUGCAUGUGGCAGGUGUCUAGUAUGUCUUGCUCAUUCGAGUGGCAUGUGUGUUUUGGAAAUCACUCCUUCAGCUUCCUGUAAACAAGUAGUGACAGCCACCUCCCUGUCUCUCUGAGUAAAUAGACUUCUGGUUGAUUUGCUCAUCUAAAAACAUCACUGAGUUUUUCCAAGUAUUUUUUCUUUUGAAUAAUUCAUUCAUCUUAUUCCUAAGAUC